GGGAUGGAUAGUCCGAUAAAGCCCAAACCUGUAGAGCAGGGGGACAUUCAAAAAGAAGAUGAUUAAUCGACUCCACUGGGCCAGCACAUCUAGGACAACUCCUAUCGGUGCCCAGGUGUCUAUACAUGAGCCUUUCGGCAGUCGCCACACAACCCGAGAUAACCUGCCACAAAAAAUGCUUCAUCUUACUUGGGGCCUUUAUCUUCCACACAUGACUCUGUAGGCUCGUGAUACUUGGUUCCAAAACCCCUUCCUGUGAAAGACUCAACUUGGUCAUCCGGAGUAGGUUAUAGCCGGUUUUAACUGAAUAAACUCCUGAUUUUGUGUGGUUCCAAACAUAUCCAUCCGGAACACGAGAGCGAGGAAGUUUCAGCCCAAGUAUCAAAUGGAUAUCAUCUGGGUGAAAGAACUCACGUAAAAGUUGUAUAUCCCACUCCUUGGUAUCAUUCCUAAUAAAGGACUGAACAAGAAGUUGGGGUAGUCUGUAUACAAUGUGGUCGGCGGGUCUAGGUGGUCGAGCCACUGUAUCUGGAACCCAAGACUCACUCCAAACCCUCGUAUCUUGACCUGUGCCGAUCGUUUUCCGUAAGCCAGAUAUGAGUAGAGGUUUUGCUGCCAUGAUACUACGCCAUCCAUAUGAUGGUGAGUAUGUACGUCUAUCUUCCAAAGGAGAAGUGUGAUUAUAGUACCUUCCUUUUAGCACACGCGCUAAUAAGGAGUUCGGGUAAUGAAUUAGUCUCCACAAUUGUUUUGCAAGAAGCGGUUUCUUUCUUUCUUAUCCAUCAUUCUUUAAAAAGAAAGGUAACAUGGGCUUUUCCUACGGCGGCACCGGAAUUAUAAUCGUGGGAGUUAUUCUGAAUGAUUUUAUGAGAGCUGUUUGUUCUUUUCUUGUUCCAACUCGUUUGUUUGGGGCUUAUUCUUCGGCCGCCAUAAACAAGAAGAUUCCAAUGGACGAUAUGCUUCCGGCGACGAAGUUCAAGGAUAUGUCACGGAUGGAUCCGCCGGAGAGCUGCCGGAUAUGUCAAGAUGAGUUCGAUGGUGGCGACCAGGUCCGGUGUUUAAGGAACUGCGUUCAUGUUUUUCACAAGACGUGUAUUGACCGUUGGAUCCAUGACGAUAAAAUGACAUGUCCUUUGUGUAGAACCCCAAUAAUUCCUGAUUUCUAUUUUCUUCGCUUGUAAAAAAUUUAAAUAGCUAAAACUAAAAAGAGAUACAAUAAUCGUUAGAAACAAAAAAAAUAUAUAUAUAUAUAUAUAUAUAUUGGUUUAUCAUUUUUAAGCUUGGUUACACGCCAUAUUACCAACCAAAAUUUUUAUGAUUCAGGUAUUAAAAAGGGAGAAAAUUGGAUAAACAACAACAACAACCAAGGGAAAUAUAGGCCUUAAUUCAUAUGUUAUGUGUGAUUGUGUAAACAAAACACUAUUCAAUCAUUAGUAUAUUGGGCCAUUACUGAAGAAGCCCACAUGGAAUUUCAGAGGCCGAGAGAACCGAAC